AUGACCAGCGGGAUCUGUUCUGCUGCCAUAAGACCAGGCAAAGUGCGGAUCCCAGGUGGAUCAGUAAUCACCUGUUCUCCAAGGACAUUUGAUCCAGAUUUCAAGGGCCCUGUUGCCGACAGGAGUUGUACAGAUGUUCUGUGCUGCAUAAUCUUCAUACUGUUCAUUAUUGGCUACAUUCUUUUAGGACUUAUGGCCUGGGUACAUGGCGACCCCAGGAGAGUGGCCUAUCCUACAGACAGCAACGGCCACUUUUGUGGCCAGAAGGGCACCCCCAAUGAGAACAAGACCAUUUUGUUUUACUUUAACCUGUUCAGCUGUACCAGUCCCUCCUUGCUGGUAAACCUACAGUGCCCUACCACACAGAUCUGCGUCUCCAAGUGCCCAGAAAAGUUUUUAACCUACAUGGAAAUGCACUUUAUGUACAGAACCCGUGAAAACUACUGGUCAUACUAUAGUCAGUUCUGCAAGGCAGCUUCUGCUAAGCCCGUGAAGGCUUUCACACAACUUCUGCUGGAUGAUGAUUGUCCAACAGCGAUUUUUCCAAGCAGACCUUUUCUCCAGAGAUGUUUCCCUGACUUCUCUACUAAAAACGGACUUCUAACAAUAGGAAAUAAGACAACAUUCAACGAUGGAAGUGGAAAGACAAGAAAUGUUGUAGAACUCAGGGCAGCUGCAAAUGGUGUCAACAAAAUCCUUGAUGCAAGGGCAAUUGGAAUGAAAGUGUUUGAAGACUAUGCAACAACUUGGUAUUGGAUUCUCAUUGGCCUGACUAUCGCCAUGCUCCUCAGUUGGAUGUUUGUGAUACUCCUGAGGGUCACAGCUGGAUUCCUCUUCUGGGUCUUCAUAUUGGGUGUGAUUGGAAUUCUAGCUUAUGGAAUAUGGCACUGUUACCAGGAAUACAGCAAACUUCAGGGAAAGCCAAAUUCUCACUUAAGUAUAUAUAACAUCGGGAUUCAGACUGAUAUAAGCAUGUACUUUCAACUGAAACAAACAUGGUUCACGUUUAUGAUAAUACUCGCCAUCCUUGAAGUGAUUGUCAUUGUCAUGCUGAUCUUCCUCAGGGACCGAAUCCGCGUCUCCAUUGCCCUGCUGAAGGAAGGGAGCAAAGCCAUUGGAUACAUUCCCAGUACAUUAAUCUACCCGGUUUUAACUUUCAUUUUCCUCUCAAUCUGCAUUUCCUACUGGGCGGUGACAGCAGUUUACUUGGCCACGUCAGGGACACCCAUAUACAAAGUGAUAGCCCCAGAGGGGCAAUGUGAACAUGAAAAUAAAACCUGUGACCCAGAGAUUUUUAAUACAACCGAAAUUGCCAAAGCUUGCCCUGGGGCUCACUGUAACUUUGCUUUCUAUGGUGGAAAGAGCCUAUACCAUCAAUACAUCACUACCUUUCAGAUAGUCAAUCUAUUUAUCUUUCUCUGGCUUAUAAACUUCGUCAUUGCAUUGGGUCAGUGUACCCUUGCUGGUGCCUUUGCUUCUUAUUACUGGGCCUUGAAAAAACCUGAUGACAUCCCACCGCAUCCACUUUUUACUGCAUUUGGACGAGCCAUACGAUAUCACACAGGAUCCCUAGCAUUUGGAUCUUUAAUUCUUGCAACAAUUCAAAUGGUUAGAUUGGUCCUGCAAUACUUGGACAACCGUCUGAAAGAUGCCCAGAGCAACAUUUCUAGAUUCCUACAAUGCUGCCUGAAAUGCUGCUUCUGGUGUUUGGAACAUGUGGUGAAGUUUUUGAACAGACAUGCCUAUGUUAUGAUUGCAAUAUAUGGCCAAAACUUCUGCAGGUCAGCGAGAGAUGCUUUCAAUCUGCUGAUGAGAAAUGUUUUAAAAGUUGCAGUUAUGGAUAGAGUUACAGAGUUUGUACUAACUCUGGGGAAAAUUUUAGUUGCUGGAUGUAUAGGUAUCUUGGCCUUCUUACUCUUCACAGAAAGAAUCCCAAUGAUUAUAGAAGGACCAACGUCUUUAAAUUACUACUGGGUACCUUUGCUGACGGUCAUUAUUGGAUCUUACCUAAUUGCACAUGGGUUCUUCAGCGUCUAUGCAAUGUGUAUUGAUACAAUUUUCAUCUGCUUCUGUGAAGAUCUGGAAAGAAAUGAUGGAUCUGCAGAAAAACCCUACUUCAUAGCCCCUACCCUGCACGGAAUUCUGAACAAGAAGCAACUAGUUCCCCAGAAGCAGAAAGAGUAG